AUGUACACUGUGCAGGGAGAAGGCCGGGUGAUGGGUCGCCGUUUCUUUCUAACACUGGUGAUUGGGAUAUCAGCUGGAUUUAGUUUUGCAUACAUAAUACUAACAUCGACUGGAUUCACACGAGACGUAGCUUGGCAGAAUUACAGAGAAUCAGCCAGAGACUUAGCCAAGCAUCCUAUAACGGCAAUCGCUGAACACGGCAAAGAUGAACCGGCACACAAAGAUGAGGACACAAGUAUUGCUGAUGAGUUGAAAAAGAAAGUCCGGGUAUUGUGUUGGGUCAUGACCCAACCGCACAACCAUGAGACCAAAGCCAAGCAUGUAAAGGCGACGUGGGGCAAGAGAUGUAAUAAACUUCUCUUCAUGAGCACUGAGGAAGAAUUAAGUCUGCCUGCAAUAAAACUGCCUGUGUCUGAGGGUAGGGACGCGCUAUGGGCGAAGACGAAGGCUGCCUUCCGAUACGUAUACGAGCACCACAGAAGAGAGGCUGACUGGUUCCUCAAAGCUGAUGAUGAUACGUACGUGGUGGUGGAAAACUUAAGGUAUAUGUUGGCGGACUACGAUAGCAAUCGACCUAUAUACUUCGGAUGCAGAUUCAAACAUUUCUCGCCACAGGGUUACAUGAGCGGAGGUGCUGGCUACGUGCUAAGUAAAGAGGCGUUAGAGAGGUUCGUGAACAAGGCGUUGCCGACACCGCAUCACUGUCACGCCGGGGACCAGGGCGCAGAAGACGCUGAAAUGGGCAAGUGUUUGGACAACGUGGGUGUUCUAGCAAUGGAUUCCAGGGACGAAAUGAAACGUGGCCGAUUCUUCCCAUUUAUACCAAAAGACCAUUUGUUCCCCACCAAAGAUAAAAGCUUCUGGUAUUGGAACUAUAUAUACUACCCUACGGAUGAGGGCCUGGACUGCUGUUCCGACCACGCCAUAUCAUUCCACUACGUACCACCAGAGAUGAUGUACGUCCUCGACUACCUCAUAUACCACUUACGACCUUACGGCAUUCGGUACGGCACCGGCACUUUACCUCUCACCCUGAGGAACGACACCAAAGAUAUUGAUAAUCUUAUACCACAAUAA